ACCGACAAUGAGACGAGAGGAGUUGAUUGGAUGGAAGCCACCACUUGAGGGAUGGGUACAUAUCCAAUCUGAUGGCUCUGAUCCUCUCUCCCUUAGGUUACGCUGCUGCUGAGGCCUCAUUCGCGAUUGCCUGGGAAGGUGCUCGGUGGCCUAUGCGUGCAACCUUGGAGCCUGCUACUAUCACUGACGUGGAGCUUAAAGGAGCAGCGGUGGGUCUUCAAAUUGCUUGGGAUCAAGCUCAUCAACAUGUGCACUUAAACCUCGAUUCUUCUAUCGCCGUUGCUAUCAUCAAGAACUGCUCGGAUGAUGAUCACAGACACGACCUAAUGGCUAAUCAUGUCUAUAAUAUUUUGAAUCGUGAUUGAGAUAUUAUUGUCUCGCACGUGUACAGGGAAGGGAACCGUACGACCGACUUGCCUUGCUGGGUUUGGUCAUAGUCUACCUUUUGGCACGCAUCAUGUUGAUGUGUGUAGUUCUGAACUGUGUAGAUGGUUAGAGUAUAUGAUGUUCUGUGAAUCUCCCAAUCUCGUUUUAUUAAUAUAUUAUCCUAGACGCUUGCUAGCAUUUGUCUUCCUAUAUAUAAAAAAAAAAGAAUACGUGAAAUGUUGAGAAGGAUUGGAGCUGUUCUCGUGAAUGGAAGGGAGAGGAAUUUGGAGUGGGCUUUUGUUCGGAGAGCCGCAAACUGUGUUAAGCCCAUUUGCUUGCCCACUUGCCCAUUUCCUGGAAUCAAUAUGCCAUUUGGGAUGCAAGGCCCACCCGUGGGCCGUUGGCCCUAGUUUUAAUGGGAUCAGGCUGUUUAUCAAAGAAAAAAUUUAAAUGCCA